UUCACUGACUAGAUUAUUUGUCAUAUUCUCUCUACAAUUGUGGAAUUAAGUAGAGUGUUGCCUGACAGCAUCCCACCUUUGCCACAGUAUGUGGGUGACUUUAGCCAUUGUUUCAGUAAUUGUCUGUUUGUUGUGGAGUCUGACCGGACGACGGAAGGGACUUCCACCAGGUCCAACAUGUUAUCCAAUCAUAGGGAAUGUCGGACUCAUCAAACCCUCAGAAGCCAUGAAAGCUCACAGAAAAUUUAGAAAGAUUUACGGAGAUUUCUACUCUUUAAUGAUCUUCCACAGACCCGUCAUUUUCAUCCAUGGUCUCCAUAACAUACGGGAACUUUUGGUCAAGCAUGGGGAUGUGUUCUCAGACAGACCAAAGGUGUUUCUAUCUGAAGUCCUUGCUAAAAGAAAAGGUUUGGCCUGGUCCUCUGUGUCAUGGUGGAAGGAACAGCGAACAUUUGCUCUGAUAACGAUGCGAAAAUUUGGAUUUGGAAGACGAUGUCUCCAAAGCCAAGUGAUGGAAGAAGUGGACUGUUUGAUGGAAGAGUUUGAAAAAUACGAAGGUCGACCAUUUGACAUCCAAGAACAACUAAAAAUUAGCAUAUCAAACGUUAUAUGUUCCCUAGUGUUUGGCAAAAGAUUCGACUACGAAGACGUCAAAUUCAAGCGCUUGUUGACUAUGUUGAAAACAUUAAUUAAAAUUAUAAAUCUUUCAGCCCCGGCAUUCUUUUUUCCUCAGUUGACCCUUUUUACUGGUUAUAAAAAAACACUUCCAGUUAUCAAAGCUCUGACUGAAUUUGUUGGUGAAAUUGUUGAGGAACACAGACAAAACUUUGACGAGAACAACAUCAAUGAUUAUAUUGACGCCUAUAUUGCAGAGCAGAAACGCAGGACUGGUGAAAUUAACACAACAUUCACAGACGAACAACUAGCUGGUACUGUUCGAGAUUUUUUCUCUGCUGGGACACAGCCGACGGCUCUAACAUUGACUUGGGUCCUUCUGUAUUUAACUAACUAUCCCGAGAUGCAGAGGAAACUCCAGAAGGACAUCGAUUGUGUUAUAGGUCAAGGCCAACCCAGUAUGGAGCAUAAAGAACAAUUGCCAAUGGUGGAGGCAUUUAUACUUGAGGUUCAGCGAGUGGCGGACAUUCUCCCUUUGAACAUACCACGUACAACAAGCGAGGACUUUUGGUAUCAAGGUUAUCUCUUUCCAAAGGGAGCAGUUAUGUUUUUCUUGAUAGGUUCUGUGCUGUCUGAUCCGGACAUUUUUCCAGAGCCUUCCAAAUUCAAACCAGAGAGAUUUUUGGACGAGAACGGAAAGUGUUCUACAGUGCAGAAAAACAAACUCAUUGCUUUCUCAGCAGGUCGCCGAAUAUGUCUAGGAGAGCCACUCGCCAAAAUGGAGCUAUUUCUGUUCUUGACAAGAAUUUUGCAGAGAUUUGAUGUAAAGCCAGAAAACCCUGAUUGCUUGCCAUCCCUAAAGGCGUCACUUGGUUUUGCUAACGAGCCACAAGCCUUUAAUUUGAGACUUGUUAAACGUUCAGACACGACUUUUGCAAUGAAGACAUGGUAGUUGUACAAAACAAUGUUCAGAAGCAUCAAAAGAGGAAUCAUGGUGUAGAUAAUACUUUAAAAUCGUGUUAACCUUUAAAAGAAUUUAUGCAUAAUAUUUUCAUCAUUAUGUAAUAUGGUGUACGGAGGGCUGUUAGAAAAGUUUGCGGACAAAUCGUGUUGCGAGUACGCUAUUCGCGUGAAGUCAUUAAAACUCUGCAGACAACAAAUCUAAGUUUUUCCAAUAAGUAUACUGCAUUUUUUCAAAUGUUCAAUAAUUUUCCUGUAAAUCACCGUGUCCGCGAACUUUUCUAACACCCCUCGUAUUAAUGUAAACAGAAAAAUCAUUGAAAGCUCAUUUUCACAUUCUUCUAACGUAAUAUCAUUGUCAAGUCCUUUUUUUCCUUUGCAGGAACAUAUGUUCAUGUAGUGGAAGUUUUUUUUUUUAAUGCAACCGGAAGUUGAAUUCUUUUGUAAUACAAAUGUCAAAAAGUUACUAGCUAACUUGCAAUUGACUUAAAAUGGUACUAAACCUCUAGUUAUCAAUGAUUAACUCAUCAGGGGAUUUGAACUAUGAUGAACACUAAAUGAAAACACUGUUAAAAGUUUUAUAAUAAUGUCUCCCUCUCUAACUGAAUGUGUCAACCACGUAUCAACAUGAAACAUAAAUUAUCACAUCA